AUGGAGAAAAAACCGAACGUUUGUAUGCAAGAUGUCCAAGUCAGAAAAGGGCCGUGGACGAUGGAAGAAGACUUGAUUCUUAUCAACUACAUAGCGGAUCACGGUGAAGGUGUCUGGAACAGUCUUGCGAGAUCUGCUGGUCUUAAACGAACUGGUAAAAGCUGUCGGCUUCGAUGGUUGAAUUAUCUUCGACCAGAUGUGAGAAGGGGUAAUAUUACGCCUGAAGAACAACUCUUGAUUAUCGAGCUUCAUGCUAAGUGGGGUAACCGGUGGUCAAAAAUUGCAAAGCAUUUGCCAGGAAGAACAGACAAUGAGAUAAAGAAUUACUGGAGGACGAGGAUUCAGAAGCAUGUGAAGCAAACCGAUAAUGUCAGUGGACAAACAUCUUCACGACGAAACAGUCAAACAGACAUGAUUCCGUCACAGACAUGCAAUGUUGCAAGUCAGAUGGAAUUUUCCUACCAUCCUCCUUGUGACAACAUUAUGAACUUUCCCGGUCCAUUUGCCACCGAGACAAAUGAGAACGUUUGGAGUAUGGAUGAAUUAUGGCCACUUCAGUUACUACAUAAUGUCUGA